ACCACGGAAGUACCAAGCACGACACGUAGCACGACAUGGACGUGCCAACAGAACAGCCACUAAGCAAAGAACAGGAACCGACGUGUGUUGACCCGACCUUCACGCGUGUCCGCGUCCAUCAAGAGGCUGAUGCGAGUGGCGGUUGGCGAGCACGGUUCCGCACGUUUCCUUGGGCACGACGGGACGACCCCACUUUUCGACUCGAUGCAGACGACGGCGAUCGUGGUGUUUGCGGCGAUGGCCUUGGCGAGCGCGUCGGCGGCGGAUCCGGCGCCACAAGCAGUGGCCUCAGCUCCGCAAGCAGUGGCGUCUGCACCCCCCAGCGAGCCGUUGCAAGCCUCCCACGACGGUGAGCAGUACUAUGGAGACGACUACGGCGGCUACUACGACCGUCCGUGGUGGUGGCACCGUCGCCAUCACCACCACCACCGCCGCCAUCGCCCGAUCAUCAUCGUCACGGGCGAGGAGAGCGACGUCGUGCCCAACUAGCCGCGUCUAGUCCUUCUUCUUCCCUCUCUAAUCAGAGUGCAAUAUCACCUUGUUUCUUGCACCCUC